GUUCGGACUGGACUGAGGUCUCAGAUCAGAUCAAUCUCAAUCCAGCGGUCUCAGCUAUGCCUACAUUUGUGUUUUCUGUUUGUGCGUUUCUGAUUUGUUUCAGUCAUUGUGUUUCUGCUGCUGGAUAUAGCAGUGAUUUACAACACACUUCGAGAAUCAGGGCUAAUGCUUCUUCAAGACACACCAGAGGAGUCAACACCCCCCCUCCUAUUGACUGUAAACUAAAAAGCUGGACGGAGUGGUCACCGUGUCAAUCAUGCACAGAACGAACGAUUCGCUUCCAGUAUUUGGAGCGAUCUUCUCAGUUCGGGGGUGAAAGGUGUCUGCACAGUCAAUGGGACAAAAAACAGUGUCCUGAAGAGGGCGAGUGUCAGGAACAGGAAGACCACUGUGGGGACAUGUUUGCCUGCGGUCCAAAAGGACGCUGUAUUGGAAAGUCGCUCCGUUGCAACGGUGAACCAGACUGUUUAAAUCAGAAGGAUGAGGCUGAUUGUGAAGCGAUAAACAGAGGAGAAAACAAAUGUGAAGGCAUGUUGAUUAUACCAGGAGCCGACAAAGCCACACUGGGAUAUAACGCUUUAACUGGUUCUUUUGUGAGUCGAGUUCUGGACCCCAAUUACGUGGGAGGCGUCUGUGAAUACAUCUAUAAUGGAGAAUGGAGGAAACUUACAUUCGAUCCUUUCUGUGAGCACCUCAGUUAUGACGACGCUGAAAAAUAUUACAGGAAACCGUACAACUUCCUCUCAUUUCAGAUAAUGGCACAAGCCAGUACAGAAGAAUCUUCAGAUUAUUAUGAGGAUGCUGUCAGCUUUCUCAGAGCAAAACACUCUGAAAAUUCUUUUAACUUUGGUAUAAAGCCACAAAUCGGUUUUGUAGAAUUCGGCGUGGAAUUCAGCGCUGAAUUCAUGUUUCUCAACAACAUAUCAAAAUACACGAACAAGGAGAUGGGCUUCGUCCAGCUGAUGUCAAAAAUACAAACAUCUCAGUUUAAGAUGAGAAGCAAAGACCUGGUUCUGGAUGAAGACAUGCUCUGGGCUCUUUCUGAUCUGCCCGAUCACUACCAUUUCGGCGCAUAUUCGCAGUUUUUUAAUGAAUACGGCACACACUACGUCACCGAGGGAACCAUGGGUGGGCUCAUGGAUUACGUUGCUGUUGUGAACAUAAAUGAAAUGGAAGAAAACCAAAUGACUGGGCAGAUGAUAGGAUCAUGCAUUGGUGGAUCAUUCGGGCUGGUGUUUAUGGAGAAAAUCAAAGCUACAGUGAAAGGAAAAUCAUGUGGAAAAUUUACAUCAAAUGAGAAAACUAGUGACGAGUCCCACAGUGCUAUUAAGGAUGUCUUUGGCUUUGUGAAGGGUGGAAACACAGCCUCCAGCGCUGGAUCUUUGGGUAUCAAAGAUGCUAAAAGUUACAAGGAUUGGGGAAAGAGUCUGAAAUAUAACCCGGCGCUAAUUGAGUUUGAGAUUCUACCAAUAUAUGAGCUGCUGCGUUUAAGCACCGCCGCUGAGCAGCUGAGCAGUAAGUUGCCCCAUGUGAAGAUGGCGUGGGAGGAGUACAUGCAGAACUUUAACCCAUGCCGCUGCGCCCCCUGCUUGAAUAAUGGCGUUCCAGUGCUCUCCGGGACAGCCUGCAGUUGUUUAUGUAAAAACGGAUACACUGGUGCUGCCUGCGAGGAGACUGAGAGGAAAGGUCCCACAGAUGGAGUGUGGAGCUGCUGGAGCUCCUGGUCUUCAUGUUUAUUUGGAAAAAAGACACGAAGUCGAGAUUGCAACAAUCCCUCGCCAAAAGACGGCGGUCUGCCUUGUCUAGGAAAGAGCACUCAGAAGAAAUCCUGCUGAAAUUUAAAUAAAUGUUUUGGAUUUACCUUUACCAGCUAUUGUUGUGUUAUAGGUAGUUGUUCUAUCUAUGGCUUUUUUUCAAAAUAAAAGCCUUUUAUUUUGAAUAACAUCUCAAAUUAUAUCAACUGAAUACUAAAAGCAAUAUGUUUGUAUGCAUAUUUGGGAAUUUU